AUGCCAAUGAGCGGCGGUACAAGGAACAAAAAACGAAAAGGAUACGAAGAUGAUUCAGCAAUUAAAAAUACUUUAAGAGAAUUGGGAAUAUUCUUAAUAUAUUUGAUAGCUGCAACAAUUAUAAUAUUUGGAAGUGAAAAUUUUUAUAAAUUUCAUUUUAAUGAUAUGAUUCAACGUACUUUUACUAAACGUUUAAUAAUAAGUGAAAAUGAAUUAGAAUUCUUUUAUAAUGAAAUUUUAACAGUAGCUGAUUUUUGGACAUUUAUGGAUACUACAUUUCUUGAUGGUAUUUAUGGAAUCGAAACAAAUCAUAAUUCGAAUAAUAAUGACAGUAAAUAUGUUGCCAUAUUAUUGGGUACACCACGUCUACGUCAAUAUCGUGUUCGUAAUAAUACCUGUAAUAUUCAUAAUGCAUUUAAAAAACAUUUUAGAACAUGUUAUGGACGAUUUAAUAGUGUAAAUCAAGAAAUCGAAACUGAAUAUAAAGGAUCAAAAUUUUUUAAAUUGAAUUCAUAUCAAAUAUGGGGUAAAUUAGAAUUUUAUCCUACACAAUGUUAUAUUGAAAAUUUAAAAUUAACUCGUUAUGAAAAUGAAGAAAUUUUUAAAAAAUUAAAAAAUAUUUUAUGGAUUGAUCAGGGAACACGUUUAAUAAUAUUAGAAUUUAAUUUAUAUAAUGCAAAUAUUGAUAUGUUUUGUUUAAUUAAAUUUUAUAUUGAAAUAUCACCAACUGGUGGUGUUAUACCAUGGCAUAAAAUUCAUAUUAUAAAAUUUUUAAAUAAUUUAAAUACAAUAUUUAAUUAUAUUUUAAUAAUAUCAUUAAUUAUAUUUUAUUCAAUGACAUUUUAUUAUUUAAAAAUUGAAAUAAUUGAAAUGGUUAAAAUGAAAUUAAAAUAUUUAUUAUCAAUAUGGAAUGCAUUAGAUUUAAUUAUAUUAAUAUUUGGUAUACUAUCAUUAAUUUUUAAUAUAUGGAAAUUUGCAUAUUUAAAAAAUUAUAUUGAAAAAAUUAAUAUAAAAAAUACAAUUGAUUUUAUUAAUUUUGAUAUUAUUGAUUUUUGGGAAUUUCAUUAUAAUAAUAUAAUGGGUAUAUGUAUAUUUUUAAUAUGGAUUAAAAUAUUUAAAUAUAUUAGUUUUAAUAAAACAAUGAUACAAUUUAGUUAUACAUUAAAAUCAUGUGCUAAAGAUAUAUUUGGUUUUGGUAUAAUGUUUUUAAUAAUAUUUUUGGCAUUCGUACAACUUGGUCUAUUAUUAUUUGGUACAAAAUUAGAAGAAUUUCAUAAUUUUUCAACAACAUGUGUAACAAUGGUACGAAUGAUAUUAGGUGAUUUUAAUUAUCCGGCAUUAGAAGAAACAAAUCGUUUUCUUGGACCAAUAUUCUUUUUAUCUUACAUAUUUUUAGUAUUUUUCAUUUUACUAAAUAUGUUUUUAGCUAUUAUUAAUGAUUCAUAUUCAGCAAUUAAAUCUGAUAUAACAAAAAGUGAUAUUGAUUUAAUGAAAUUUUUA